AUUCUAAAUCUUAUUUGAUUCUGUUCAAAUUCUGUAUAUUCUCACUAAAAAUUGUGGUUAAAAGUAUUAAUUGUUAAUUGGAAUCUAAAUCUUUAAAAAUCAAGAGCGUUAUUGACAACUUUAUUGGUAUCUGCUUUGAACUAAGUAGUGAUUCACCCCUCUUCACUUCCUCUAGGUGUUUUGAGUAAUGGUGCUUACAAGAUAAGUUCUUGUUUUCAAUACGUGAGUGUAGCUCUUUCAAUUUUCAGGGUUCGUUUCUGAGUAUAUCACAAUGCCGAAGAAUAAGGGAAAGGGAGGAAAAAAUCGUAGGAGAGGAAAGAAUGAAAAUGAAACAGAGAAGCGUGAAUUGGUUUUUAAAGAAGAUGGUCAAGAAUAUGCCCAAGUGACAAAGAUGUUGGGUAAUGGUCGACUUGAAGCCAUGUGUUUUGAUGGCAUAAAGCGACUGUGUCACAUCCGCGGCAAGCUAAGAAAGAAGGUAUGGAUAAACCAGGGAGAUAUUAUCUUAAUUGGUCUGAGGGAUUACCAGGAUGCCAAAGCCGAUGUCAUCUUAAAAUACACACCAGAUGAAGCACGAAACUUGAAAACUUAUGGAGAAUUCCCAGAAACAGUGCGCAUCAACGACACAGUCACGUUUGUGGAGGAUGGAUUCGACGAGGACAUCGAGUUUGGAGACGAGAUCAGUGACGAGGGUGAAGGCGACCCUGUUGAUAAUAUCUGAUACCACGACCGACCAGAAAUCUCACUUCUCCCCUCCAUGCCAUUUCUCCUUUCCCUCCCCUCAUAGUCUAUUAGCUUGUGUACAUUUUGUUACAGUGAUAUAAAUUUAUGGUUGAUUUUAUUUUUAUUAUUUCUUAAACCUUUCAUUGGUAAUUUAUUAAAUUUUUGAAUAUAUUCCUUGAGUGGUAUUGUUUUAUUAGUUAUAUUUCUUGAAGAUUGUUGUUAACUGUGAAUGGGUUUAUAUACUAGCCUGUUAUUUUAUAUGUUAUAUUUUUACAAAAAACUAGCACAAAAAUAAAAGGCUAACAGUGUUCAGCUAUGAGCAGUAGGAUGGGAGAUAACAUCUUUAAUCUGAUCUAAAAAUAUAAUAGAAUUUAGAACUUAAACCAAAUUUAAAAUAUAGCUGCUAAAAGUUUGGGAGGGAAAACUUACUCAAAAUUUCUUUACAGUUGAAUUUGUAUUUAGAUUAUAAGUAGAACUAUUGCAGUAAGAGAUCAAAUAUUAUCAUAUAUGUUUUAUUAUUUUAUUUUGGUAUCUGAGCACUGAAAUAUAACUCUAUGUAUUAUUUACCAGUUGGUAAAUUAUUUAUUUAAAUUUAUGUAAAUACUAGUAACAAUAUUAAUUUAAAGAAAUGCUGUGUACAAAGCUUAAAUAGCUAUAAUUGUUCUUUUAUGAAAACUUGCCCUAUACAAGUGAUAAAAAUCAAAUAUUAAUUAAUAUAUAAUCACACUUGUACAAUAGAUAUUCUUAAAUAUAUCUUGUUUUAAUUAUAAUGUAGAAUAUAAAAUGUAAGUUUAUUGACAGCAUGAAUUCCACACGUUGUUAUAAAUAUUUUAUUAAAAUAUGUUUGGAAGUGCACAGAAAAUAUUUCUUCAGUAUUUAUUUCCAAUGUAUUUUUUGGGUUAUAAUUCUAAAUUUAUGGAGCAGUAUUUAUUUUAUUCAAAGUUUUAUUAGUGUAGCUUAUAUUUGUCAGUUGUGACAACCUCCAACCUUUCGUCAUCCAUUCAGUGUUCGGGUACUCAGAAUGUCUAGACUACUUCAGCUGUUCAUCUCUACUCAACUCUGUCUGCUAGUCACGUCAGGUCCGUGUAAGAUUGGGCAUGUCGCCACUUUUGUUGUUCAUUCCAUCUUGCGUUGGUUUAAUAAAAGUUUGGUAUUAUAUUUUGUAAAUAAAUAUGUUAGCCCAGUCUUAUGAAA